CCGGAUCCUAUCGAGACGUGCUUAGUGGGACGUUUGGGCAGUCUCACACUCACGAAACUCUCAACUUACUCCGCCGUCUUUACGAGACCCAUCCCACCUCACAUCACAUUUCUAUAGUCGAGGGCUCAGACACCACCUUCCCCCUCUCUCGCUACCUAGAGAGUCAAGGCGUCACCGUUUCCAUCGAUUCGCACUCCACUGGUCCGGAGCAUCUAGGAAAGCAAGCUCGCCUCACGGGUGAUACGUAUCUCGUAUACGAUUACGAUGAUAAAGCGGAACGACUCUUCCCCACAGUCGUCGCAGGUCGCUCUCGUUUCUCCUACAAGAGUAUCUCCUUCGUUGCCUAUAAAUGUGUCUGGACCAAAGAUCGCUGCACCUCCUACUUCUAUGACCUCGUCUCCGACUUGGAAGGUAUUACCAAGGAGCUGGCAGAGAGUGUUUAUGUCUACGGUGCGACGCUGAGGGAGGAGAUAUGGGUGUAUCAGAGCGGGAUGUGGACAGCGAAUAAGCAGCUCUAUAAGGCGGUGCAGGCGGCGAGCUGGGAAGAUGUCGUCCUUGAGGACGCGUUCAAAGAGGGCCUGAGGAGGGACACAAAGGGAUUCUUCGAAAGCAAGGAUAUCUAUGAAGACUUGGAGACGAUCUGGAAGAGGGGUAUCCUGCUCUUGGGUCCUCCAGGUAACGGUAAGACCGAGUCUAUCAAGGCCCUCCUGAAAGAGACGGACUAUCCAGCGCUCUACGUCAAAUCGUUUACUACUCCAUACGGCCCCGAGUACGGUGUUCGAACCAUCUUCGACCAUGCCCGCCGCCAUGCGCCCUGCAUUCUUGUCCUCGAAGACCUCGAUGCCAUGGUCGUCCCAAAAGUUCGUAGCUUCUUCCUCAACGAGCUGGAUGGUCUUGCUGCCAAUGCUGGAAUCCUCACCAUCGCUACUACGAACCAUCCGGAGAGGAUCGACGAUGCGAUUGUGAACAGACCGUCAAGGUUUGACGUGAAGUACAAUUUUUCGUUGCCGGAUGUCGAGCUGAGGAAGGCUUUCGCGAGGAAGUGGGUCGGAAAGUUCGGUGGUAGUGGGACGAAAGAGGGGAAUGGAGGCGCAGAGCCCGUGACCAGGGCGAAGGGUGUCAAAUUCGAGAUGGGUCAGGACGAGAUUGCGGCGAAGAUUGCGGGUAUGACGGAAGGGUUCAGUUUCGCUUUCUUGAAGGAGCUAUUUGUUUCCUUCCUCCUAUCGCUGGCCCAUAGUCGGUCCAAUGAAAUCAACUCGACAUCCGUGGACAAUAUCCUCUUUCAACAGAUCGAGAAACUAUCCAAGCAGAUCAUCAAGCCACAAGACGAGGGUGAGAAGAAGGAGAAUAAGGAAGGAGAGGCGGCGGAUGAGCCAGACAGUAGUUGGUGUCCGCCUGAACCGAAGGCGAAGGAUAGUUCGCAGGUCGGUCCUUCGUUCUAGAAAAGGUGUUUGACCUUUUACUGGUAGUAUUCUCUUGUUCUCAUGCAUCAAGCUUUGUACAAUAAUGAGGAAUUUGAUAUCACAUAGC